GGUUGUUUACGAACCCGUCAUGUCGGUUCUGGUCUGUUUCUGGUAAAAAACCUGUGAAAGAAGAGGAGGAUGGAAAUCGGAGGUUCCGCUUCAUAUUACUGUGGAGACAUCGGCUGCUGGGCUGAGAGGACAGAGGUGCACAAAGCGGCGUCUCUCGGCCGGGCCUCCGACCUGCAGCGCCUGAUCCUGAACGGCGCGUCGGUCAACAUGGUGGCUGUGGACUCCAUCACCCCACUACACGAGGCCUGCCUCGGAGGACAGGCCCAGUGUGUCAGGCUGCUGCUGGACGCUGGUGCUCAGGUGGACGCUCGGAACGUGGACGGGAGCACCCCGCUGUGUGACGCCUGCUCAGCUGGGAGUUUAGAGUGUGUGAAGCUCUUGUUGGAGCACGGAGCUAAGGCCAAUCCUGCCCUCACCUCCCGCACUGCCUCGCCCCUACACGAGGCAUGCAUGGGAGGCAGCUCAGACUGUGUGGAGCUGCUCGUGGCCAUGGGAGCUUGUCUCGAGGCGUACGACCUUUACUACGGGACCCCACUGCAUGUGGCCUGUGUUCACAAGCACACAGACUGUGUUAAAGUACUCCUCAAUGCAGGUGCGAAGGUCAACGCUGCUCGGCUCCAUGAGACCCCACUCCACCAUGCAGCUAAAUCCAUGAGAGCUGAGAUGAUCCAGGUCCUGGUUGAGUUUGGAGCCAACAUCUAUGCCAGAGAUCAACACAACAAGAAACCUGUGGACUACACAGCACCGGGCUCUCCGUCUGCCGCGUGCCUGCUGUUGUAUGAAACCACUCCUAUGAGUCUGCAGCAGCUCAGCAGGUUGGCUGUGAGGAGGAAGCUGGGCACCGCGGCUCUGAAGGUCAUCGGUCAGCUGGACAUCCCAAAGCUCAUCAUUAACUACCUCUGCUAUCAGUGAGACGAGCUGGAUCAGAGCUGGUGGAACAAAGUAGAACUCUGUCCGUUUGCAGACAUAAAUGUGCCAAGCUCCACAUCGUCACAAGCUUCUGUUCAAAUCUGCACUUUAUUCCUCACAUCUUUAGAGUUAUGGACGUUAAACUGUACUUCUUUAAUCAAAAAGCGAUUUGUCUUAAAUCUUAUGUCAUGUGACAACUGUGUUUUGUGGAGGCUAAUGUUUUUAGCACAGCGUGUGUGUUCUUGUAUUAGGAUCGUUUCUGGUAUACGCACUUACCUUGUCAAGACCAGUAGUCCUAAUGGGGACCAAAAACUGGUCCUAUUAUGGUGGAACUCCAUUUUUGGGUUGGGGUUUAGGUUUAGGACAAAGGUCUGAAUUGAGUUUAGGCUAGGUUUGGGGUUAGGUAUGUACUGGGAGGGUUAGGGUUAAGAACUACAGAAAAUGAUUGGGAGUCAAUGAAUGGUCCUAAUAAGGAUAGUAAUACAAAUCCAUGUGUGUACAAUUCAUAAAACAUUGCAUGAACCACUAAAACAUUUUAGUAAGAAGUUCACAAAGUAAUCAUUAGAUGAUAAAACAGAUUAACUUCAGCAGUCAACCUGAUUCAAGAUGGCCGCCACAACCAGUUGACUUCAGAAAAAACUAAAUUUGUUACAACCUAAAUUACAACCACUGAGCUCGUAUUUAGUAUGGUAACACAUUUAUACAUAAAACCUCAAAUCUACUCGUUGGAAUCAGUCUGUUAGCAAAAUAUCUCCUAAGAACAUAUUUCAGUGAACAUGAAUUUACUGUCGUCUACAAUUCAAGAUGGCCGACACAAAGAACCGAUGUUAGCUUACACAAGCUAUAUCUUUAACGUUCAUAUCACAAACUCAACAAUCUUUACACUGAAAAUUUUAUAUGGAGUUCUGUGAAAUUCACAUUUUAAAUCUCAGUGUUUGUAAAACAUUUCUUUGACCCACUAUAAUCCCAUGUGCAGGAAAAGUUCUAAAAGUCAGGAUUUUUAUCUUUGUAUGAACAAAGUUUAGUAAAUGAUAUUAAUGUGUGAACAUGUUGACAUUUGAAAUAUACCAAACUUAUUUAUUCCUUUAAAAUAUAAAACAAAACAACAGAAAAAAGAAUCAACCCUCAGUCAGAUUGUACAUUUCAGGAGAAAAUGUCCUGAUGCAUCUCAGUAAUCCAGGUAAAAAAAUCAAAAAGAAAAAAAUUGUAUAGGUCUUCUGGAC